AGUAAUAAGCUAGACUAUAAAAAACUUAAACUUUUCGAAAUUAUUAAGAAAAUCUUACUAAUUAAUUACGAAUUAAGAUUACUAAAUACGAUACGAUACUAUCCUAUUUUUUAUAUCUUACUACUUAAGCUUAUAUUAAGAGGUUUAUAUAUAGAAAAUUAUAUUAUUAUUAAACUAAACUAA